AAAACAAAACAGUACGUGAUGACAGUUCAGAUUGUUUAUCCUUCGGCAAGUUGUAUUUAUAAAACGUAUAAAAUGUUCUGUUUGGAGUAGUUGAUUUUGUUUAAAAAUUUAACCACUAAAUUACGCGGAAUCAUGAACCUUAAAAAGAUCUGCCGGAUGUGUUUGUCGGAAAAGACGCGCGUGAAGUCUAUUUUUAAAAAUUACAAAAGAGAGCGCCUCCUCGUUAUCAUCACUGAAGUCGUUCAGCUUGAAGUAAACGAAAAUGAUGGUCUUCCGGUGAAUAUUUGCAAACCUUGUGCCAGCACAUUGAUCCGAAUUCAAAAUAACAUUCAAGAGUUUCGUGACAAUGAGCGUAAACUUCGCGAAAAGAUGGACAAACUUCGAAGCAGAUUAAAACCUGUUGAAGAAGAAAAAGAGGGAACGAUAUUGAUCAAACAGGAUCCACUAAACGACAGUUCCGAGUGCAAUACGAUAACAGAGAACUUGGGAGUAUACAUAAAGCUGGAUUUUCCAGAGUCUAUUAAUUCAACACUUACAGACAAUAGUAACAGUGAACAAUUACAAUUCGAUCGGUUUAUUGACAUGACAUCAGAUGAUUUUAUAUCAGUCGAGCAUGAACCAGGAAUCGGAAGCAAUUUUAGUACAGGACAGUCCAACGCAUUGACGGACGAUGCGCAAAGUAACUUACAGUGUGGAGAAGAAAGCCGACCAAUGCAAAAUCUGCCAAAAGUAUCAUUGACUGUGCGCGACAGAGCCCGCGAACCAAAGAUAAAACGUAAGCGGCGACGACGAUUUGAUGAUGAUGACGAGUCACGCCCCAAGGUAAACGAUCAUAAGUGCUACAUCUGUCGCAGUGAAUCUAUGGGGUCGGCUAAAGCUCUGUUGGAACACUUAACUGUCCAUCUAGAUCGAACACCGUACACUUGCACUGAAUGUCAGAUGGAUACGAUCGUGCUGAAAAGUGUUCGAUCGUUGAAUGUUCAUUUGAAAAUGCACGCCCAACCGAUGAAGUGCGAAUACUGUGAUCGUCGAUAUUGUGACGAGCGAGCACGUGACUACCACGUCAAAACCUACCACCUGGGGGAAAGUGCCCCUUGUCCGUCCACGUGCGAACAGUGUGGAAAAGUAUGUAAAUCAAUAUCGGCGUUGAAAAGUCAUAUGCGUGACCAUCGGCUCAGUCUAAAAUGCGAAUACUGCGAAAAAAUUUUCCACCGGCGCAACAAAUUGAAAGAACAUGUUACACGAGUGCAUGAAAAGGCCGAAAAAUACGAGUGCAAUCUAUGCCACCGUGUUGUGCAUUCAUUGGAAAGUUACAACUCACAUCUCAAAAUGCAUAUGAGUGAAAAAACAUACGAAUGCGAUCUGUGUCCGAUGAAGUUUUACACGGCAGGCAAUCUAGGUCUUCACAAAAGAAUUCAUUCCGGUAAUGCCAAUUACAAGCCGCACAAAGAUUGGAGCGGUCAUUACACUGUUCAUCAAGAGCCGAACCAAGACAAGAUUUAUACUUGUAAACUAUGCGGUAAAUCCUACACCAAAACGGUUAUGAAGAUAAACAAUCAUCUAAAAAAUCAUUUUAAAGAAAUUAAGUGUGAUCGUUGCGACCUGAAGUUCGUCAACGAGUCUCAGCUCAAAACUCACUACGUUGUGCACACUGGUAUUCGACAAUAUAAAUGUGAAUUCUGUGGCAAAGACUUUCUGCACAAAAACAAUCUUACGCAACAUUUGAAGCUUCAUCGUAAUGAACAAAAUUUUGCGUGCGAAUUUUGCGGUAAACUAUUCACGUACAAAGAAGGCAUGAAGGCCCACAUUCGAAACCAUCAUUUGCGUGAAAGUCCUUACGAAUGCGUCAUAUGUAGGAAAAAAUUUGUUGACAAUGCUUCACUAGUCCGGCAUACAAUCGCUGAGCACGAGGAACCACCGAAACAGGUUGAUCUGGGUCCUCCACCAUUGAUGGGACUGGCACCACCAUCUGGGCAAUCAUCAAAGUUUGAUUGCACUAUGGUAGCAUCGCAAUCAGAAACAUUUUUACUUGGUUAGAGGCUAGCAAAAUCAUAACUCAUAAUAAAUAAUAAGAAUUAGA